AGAAAAGCAGUCAUCAGAUCAGAGGAGCUGCUAAAAUGAACAGACUCUUCUUGCUUAAUGUAUUGUUCUGCAUCGUAUAUGAGAUUCCAGCACAGCUUGUUGUCCAGCCAUGUCUAUCAGUGACAGCCCAGCUUGGAGAGUCUGUGACCCUGGAGUGCUCUACAUCGCGUACUCAGCACCAUGCUUUGGUUUGGUUCAAGCAAGUCAUUGGACAGCCUCCUAGGUAUAUAGGCCUAAGGAAAGCUUCUGAACAAUCAGAGCCUACAUUUUAUGAAGAAUUUGAUAAUAAAAAACGUUUCCAAAUUCUAACAAAUGAGAUCAGUUUUAACCUCACAGUUUUAAAGAUGGAAUCGUCGGAUAUGGCUGUUUAUUACUGCGCAGCACUGAAAGACAAUCAAGUGUUUUUUGGGAAUGGAACUGCACUGCUGCUUAAAGGUAUUGAAUCCGGAGGAAGGAUUAUUCAGCCUCCUAUCUCUGAAUCAGUGCAGUCUUACUAUUGUGCAGUGGUGACAUGUGGGGAGAUCAGUAAUGGAAAUGGAACCAAGAACAACAAUAAGGGAGAUGAGUCCCUUUUUACUACUCCUGUCAUUGUGUUGGCCGUGACAAACAUCGUGCUGCUGAUUUCAAUGACUGUGCUUGUGUGCCUGCGCAUCAAGGAAGGGAAAUGUAAGAGCUGUUCAGAUCAGACCGUAGAAGACCACACAAAUGUUGACUCAACAAAUGAUCAGAAUCAGCAAAUGCUGGAUUACGCUGCCUUGGAUUUCGAUCAGAGAAGAAAUAAACCUGGAAAAAAGAAGAGAGACAUGAAUAAAGAAAGUGUGUACACUGAAGUGCGAGUGCAGCAGCGGGAAUAAUAAUUCUGUCCACACAUUCAAGCUGCAGUUAUAAUGCCAUUCCAGGGUUAUAGCAUUUCACAUUCUCUGUGUUUUUACUAUGAAGAUAAACUGUGUGUAUUGUGUGUUCUAUUGGGUUGAUUAAACAGUGGGGACAGUAUAGGAAUGCACAGUUAAAAGAGCUGUCCUGCACAAAAUAUGGCAGCAGUGUGGAGUAGUGGUUAGGGCUCUGGACUCUUGACCGGAGGGUUGUGGGUUCAAUCCCCAGUGGGGGACACUGCUGUUGUACCCUUGAGCAAGGUACUUUACCUAGAUUGCUCCCGUAAAAACCCAACUGUAUAAAUGGGUAAUUGUAUGUAAAAUAAUGUGAUAUCUGUAUAAUGUGAAAUAAUGUAAAAUGUGAUAUCUUGUAACAAUUGUAAGUCACCCUGGAUAAGGGCGUCUGCUAAGAAAUAAAUAAUAAUAAUAAAAUAACAGCAUUUGAUCAAACUCUUCAAUUGGGAGCCAGAGUAUUUAAUAUUGCUGCAGUUUGUAUCAUUUGAAUAGAUCUCCAUGCACAGAUAGCUCAACAAUACUGUACUGCCAUCUCAUUUGAAUAGACCUCCAUGCACAGAUAGCUCAACAAUACUGUACUGCCAUUUCAUUUACUCUCAGGAAAUUGCCUGUGUUCAGCUGUUUAAAUGUUUUUGUUCAUCAAAGUCAGGCUGGGUUAGACUCUGAACAUUGACCUACAACACAUUCAAAAGAUACUGUUAUUAAAUGAAUACCUUACAUAUUUUUGUUCUAUUUCCAUUUUGUGUAUUGUAUUCCAUAUUUGAUAUUGUUAGAACAUUGUUUAAUUUGACUAUAUCAAUACAUGAUCAUGUUUUAUAUAUACUUGCAACUGCAUGGGAAGCUUGUGAUUCAUGUAAAUUAGUCGACUUUGACAAAAUUAGUUUUAUUUUCAAAGGAGAUCCGCUUUUUUUUGGAAACUCCUGUUUUUCCCACCGAUUCAGUCUUUUCUAAAGCUGUGGAAAACACAGUGGGACUCUAUCCGCUAGUUUGGUUGAUUAGUUAUUCUGACGGUUUCUUUUGGCGGAAUACAUAAUGAUCUAAGAAUCCAAUUAUAUUUUCUAAAGAUGAAAGUGGUGGACAAUGGAAACCUCCACCAGUUAGCUUUCCGCCUGCUUCAGCACGGUCAAUACGACUAUCCACCAGUAAAAAAGACAGACAAGAAGUCAACCCAAGUCUCCCUGAUAUGUUAGAAGCAGGUGUGUGUGUGUGUGUGUGUGUGCAUGUGUGUUAUUAUCCCAAACUAAAAUACAAUCCCAUUGCAAUGCACACAAUUCACUUUACCUCCAGCUGAUGUGAAAAAGAGCUGAC